CCCACAAGAAAAUGUUUGUAAGGUGGAGGAGGAUGGGGUUUUCAGUGACCAGCACCUGGAUAACCUGGAGAGGAGCUGCAGCCCGGACCAGGAGGAACCAGGGCAUCCACAGACUACAGAACUGGAGGAAGACUCCAGCAGUCAGGAGAUGAAGCACGAGGACGUAGAGGUGGAUGUUCCAUUGGUCAAUGUCGCUGAUGUGAAAGUUGAAAAUGGUGAACCAGGACCAAACUGUGGCAAGCUGCUGUUGCACACUUCUCCUGAAGCUCAAAACAAAGAUGAGGAAGGGACUGAAAGUUUACGCUCAGACUCCAGUAAAACUGCAGAUCCGGAGCCAAUGAGACGACACGGUGACCACGAAGAUGCUGCUUUCCCGUCAGACAGCAACUGUAAAUCAAAGCUGAUCAGGACCCACACGAGGAAGAAGGUGUUUUCUUGCAGAACUUGCAGGAAAGAGUUUAGUAAACGUAGUAUUUUAAUGGAUCACAAGAAGAUCCACACUGGCGAAAGGCCGUACCUGUGCAACACCUGCAACAACGCCUUUACUUAUUUAUCACAUCUUAAACGCCACAUAACCACACACACAGGCGAGAAGCCCUACAUCUGCAAAACAUGUGGAAAAGGUUUCACGCAACGUUCCAACCUGGUGAUUCACUCGAGGACCCACACUGGCGAAAGGCCGUACCCGUGCAACACCUGCAGCAAAACCUUUACUAAAUUAUCAGAUCUUAAACGCCACAUAACCACGCACACGAGCGAGAAGCCCUACAUCUGCAAAACAUGUGGAAAGAAUUACAGGCAAGUUUCCCACCUGGUGGUUCACUCGAGGAGCCACACGGGCGAGAAGCCCUACAUCUGCAAAACAUGUGGAAAGAGUUACACGCAAAAUUGCAACCUGGUGAUUCACUCGAGGAUCCACACCGGUGAAAGGCCGUACCUGUGCAACACCUGCAGCAGAACCUUUACGAGAUUAUCAGAUCUUAAAAGCCACAUAACCACGCACACGGGCGAGAAGCCAUAUUUGUGCAAGACGUGCAACAAAGGUUUUAGCCGCAGAAUUGGUUUGCUGAGUCACAUGAAAAAUCACCCGGAGGAGAAGUCUGGUGACUCGUGACAAAUGAAGCUCAUGUUGUCGUCCUCCGGGGGCAGGUGUCCACUCCUGUCUGACCCACAGAAGAAGAACCCGCAGAAGUCCAACCACCACCUCCUGUGGCUGAUGAGCCUAAUCCCCUCCCCACAAGGGUUGCAGGUUCAACCCGGAUUUAUGCUUCUC